CUAACCGGAGUCAGGAUUACACCGACUGCGACGGGCGGCCCGAGCAGGAGUUGUUGUUGUGAAGGUGUCAAAUAACCAUUAAAAUACAACAUAACAUUUUAUUAAAUAUAUAUAAUCCACAUCGCCAACACCUACUACAAGUAACGCCACAACUUUAAGCCAUGUCCACCCCGGCCAGACGGAGACUUAUGAGAGAUUUCAAACGGCUACAAGAGGACCCUCCAGCUGGCGUUAGCGGCGCUCCGUCUGAAAACAACAUCAUGGUGUGGAACGCAGUCAUAUUUGGCCCUGAAGGGACUCCGUUUGAGGACGGUACAUUUAAGCUCAUUGUAGAGUUCACAGAAGAAUACCCAAACAAACCACCAACAGUACGAUUUGUGUCAAAGAUGUUUCAUCCAAAUGUCUAUGCAGACGGCAGUAUAUGUUUGGACAUCCUACAGAAUCGUUGGAGUCCCACUUAUGAUGUGUCCUCUAUUCUUACAUCUAUCCAGUCUCUGCUCGAUGAACCAAACCCCAACAGUCCGGCCAACAGUCAGGCGGCUCAGCUGUACCAGGAGAACAAGCGGGAGUACGAGAAGCGAGUGUCUGCCAUCGUAGAACAAAGCUGGAGAGACAGUUGACGUGACAAUCCUGAUAGCUGCUCUCUCCAUCGUUAAGCUGUGUGUGCUGCGAGUUUUAGUGGAGUACCUCUUAAUUUCUGGGCCCCCCUCUUCCCUCCCACACCUUUUUUUGAUUUUAAGCUUUUAUGCACUUUAUAUCAAACUUCCCUUCAUAGAUUUUUUUUCUGCCCAUGAAGAGGGAUUUAUUUCUUCUAUCCUCCCUUUUCCAGUCCGUCAGGGGAAAUGUGCUGAAUCUUGCCUUGGUGUCUUGUCAGUAUGGACUUCACCCCCCUAAAAAACUUCUGGUGUGUUCUAACUUUGCUGUAAUAACUCCCCCUGGCUAAUUAUGUUAAAUGUCUUGGAGGGUGUUUUUAAAUCAUGGGUCACGUUCUGUUGUGCUCCUCGACGUUUCUGUCGGUUUGUUUUUCACACAGCAGUUUGUCUGUUAUCAUCCUUUAAACCUUUUCCCCCACCCUGUGAGAAUGAGCAGCCUGAGCAUCACGGACUACGACUAAAAAUCGUCUUUACACCUUUUUAAGUCUUUUGCUGUGUUGUGAACUUCUGUUACAUGCAUGACAGAAAGAGUGUAUUCACGUUCCUGGUCAGUACUCAUGUAUAUAAGAAAUCUGCAACUGAAUUUAUGUACAGAUUUUGCACUGGUUGUUCCCCAUGUCAUUUUUUUCAGCACUUGUAAAUAAAAAAAGAAAAGGCAAAUUCA